CAAACCUCUCUAACCCAAUUAUAUUAGAUUCAAUUAUAACACUUGUUAACAUCCAAAGCCUGCAAUCCAAACAUUCAUUUUGUUUAUUCAGGGAGAACAAGAUACCAGAAAUCCACAAAUCAAAAUUUGCAAAAGCAUAGUGUUUCCUUUUAUGCCAGUAACGUGUGCGCUACAAAGCACUUUCGUUUCGAAUAUGUUACGAUGAGACUGGCGUCUCAACAACUGUUCAACGCGGUGCUCAUCGAGAGACAUGAAGAUGGAUUUUCUUCACAAAUCAGAGUUCACAAAUCCGGGUGUGAAAUUCGACCAGAGUCAAUUUUCGACAUCAUGUCUGGUGGUCGUGAGGGAAGGUACAUACACUCAGAGCCCGUGAGUGAUACGACCAUCGGAAGUGAUGCACAGAGUGAUUCCUGGGUACCAAGUAUUAAAACUGAGGUUACGGAGAGUCUGAACAUCCAUGGAGGUCAAACAGUGAAGGUGAGCACAUAUCAAAAAAGUGGAGAAGUUCAAAUCUUGAUAAGCUAUACAAUCAUUGAGUAUGACAAGACGGAAACGGCCAUGUCACGCAACGUGUUCGAUUCAAGUGGCCGUCUGAUCCGUCGAUAGAUGGAAUUCUAUUCAGACUAUCCGCUAUCUCUACUAAACUUGAGUACAAUCUCGAAUUGCGAUUCUUGUAAUUGCGUAUGAGCAUUUCUUCAGUAACCAUAUACUUUCUCAUCAAAAACUUUCAAAGAUGUUUGCUUGCAGUUCUGACUCACCUGCUCAUGGCUAGAGUUACUUGUUCAUGUAAUCAUUGCCUGCACAGGAUACUGAAUCAGACGGUGGUGUAUUAAUACCGCCCUUGGUCACAUUUAGUUUGAUUAAUUUCGACUAGAGAAGGCCGAAAAAAUUUAGUUUUCUUCAAAAAUUAGAGUAGUUUUUGAAAUUCUAGACAUCUUAGUUAUAUCUGAGCAAUAUCUCAGCAGAAUCCAUAAGAACAGCUUCGAUAGCUUUGUGAAAUGUGACCACCUUCUGCACUGCGCGUCUCUUGCCAUUUGCGGUCCAUAUUAUCCUAAUCCGCAUGAGACAUCAGAUUUUUACGUGAUUUUUAAUUUAUCUCGUAAAGCUCAUUUGUAGCACGACGGGGGCUACGUGGACAGCGACACCAUAGACAGUGGUGGGGCAAUCUGUGGAGUACUGCGGAGUUAGAUCGUACUGAUGUGACUGAGGACAUUGCUUCGUCGCGCAACGUGUCACGCAACGUGUUCGAUUCAAGUGGACGUCCGAUCCCUCGAUAGGUGGAGUUCUAUUCAGACUAUCC